AUGAAGCCAAUCACACUCUACUCACACCAAUAUGGGCCGAACCCAUGGAAAGUGGCGCUCAUCUUAGAAGAGCUUGGAGUUGACUACAUGACCAUCUUUGUCCCCUUCACAGAAGCCAAACAAACGCCCUACACAAUGCUCAACCCCAACGGUCGUCUCCCAUCAAUCACCGACCCGAACACCGGCCUCACGCUCUGGGAGUCCGGCGCGAUUGUUGAGUACCUGAUUGAUCACUACGACAAGGGGCACAAGAUAAGCUACGCGCCAGCUGAUCCGCCCGCCGAACAAUACUAUCAUCAAGCACGCCAGUGGCUCUUCUUCCAGGCCUCGGGUCAGGCGCCGUACUACGGACAAGCAGCAUGGUUCGCGCGAAUGCACCCAGAGAAGAUUCCGUCCGCGAUCGAGCGGUAUCGCAACGAGAUCUACCGCGUCACAUCCGUUCUCGACAAUGUGCUCGCCGGGCGAAAGUGGCUGGUUGGCGAUAAGUGCACCUACGCCGACUUGAGUUUCGUCUCAUGGCAGCGCUGGGCUGUCACCUAUGGCGGCGAUGAUCUGUAUGAGAGGUAUCCCCAAGCUGGGGAGUGGAUGUCUCGUCUUGAGAAGCGAGAGACCGUGAAAAAGGUUUAUGCGGAUCAGGAUCGGGCUAUUGCUAAGCUUGAGGGCAAAUGA